AUGUUGUUGCUAAAAGUAAAAAAUCGUCGUCCAAAAGAUCCAUUAACACCUCAACAAGUCGCUGCUCUAACAUCAGUUGCAACACGUCAUCAGUCAUCAACAUUAUUAUUUCCUUAUCAAACACAGCCAUCACAUGUUUGGAUUGAUGAUUAUAGUCAUCAACAAGUACAAUUAAAUUCAUCUCGACAUCAUUUUCCACCACAACCUUCAAUGCCUUAUCAAAGACAAAAUCCUAAUCAAUGUGAAAUAUACACAAAUCAAAUCAAAUCUCUUUUACCAACCUAUCAAACAAUUCCAGAAGAAAAAACGGAUGAAACAAAUACAAUUCCAAUUUUACAACGUUUAUUUCAGGCUCAACAUAUACAACAAAAUGAACAACGUAAAAUUGAUCCAUUUCACAUAUCUGAUAUUUCUGCUCAUCAACAAGGUGGUUUAUCUGCAUUUUGUACUCCAGCAACACCGGCAAAACCAAAUUCAAAUAAAACAUUUGAAUGGCUUUGUACACCUGAUCAAAAUCAAAAAAAUGUAUUGGCUCAACUACUUAAAUGUUCAACAACAAUGGAAACACCUGGUACACCAAGUUUUGAUAUUCAUCGACUGAAUAAGGCUGCUCAAAUGAAUAAAGAAGAUGAUGAUGCACAAAAUUUUUAUUCGGCUCCACCAUCACCUGCUACUCAACAACAUGAUAGUUCAUUAUCACUUUUUUCGACAGUAUUACAAAGUCAAUCAUUAGAAAAUUGGUUUGGUAGUUCUAUAUAUACAAAAGCUUAUCCACGUAUGCCAUCGGAUCGUGUUUUAUCAGCAUGUGAUCUCGAACAGUGA